CGGCUGCAAAUUAACUUUUAAAUAGUUUUUUAAUGCGACUCAUUGUGGUUUUAACGUCAGCGCAACAGGUCGUCGGUGUGGAAGUUCUUCGGCGUGAGCUAAGAGACGGCAAGCUUGUUACUAAAGAAAAACAACUAAAUUAACCCUCUGAACCCGCAGUGGUAUUGCUCACUGUGCCAAGUCCGGCACCGCUAUGUAGAGCAGAGUGUUCAGGAAUAUUCCUGAGCAGUGCAAUAUCUAUAUAUUGCACUAAUAACAUAAAAAAGAAAAACUCUGCUCUGUGUUCAGUUAAAGGUUCGCCGUUUUUGUUACGUGACUGUUGGUCUCGGCCGAGUCACUCCUGGCUUCCCACGAUGAGGAGAUGCAACAUUGAAAAACAUUUUUUUACAGGAUCUGGAUAGUGGAACCUGUGUUUUUUUUUUUUUGUUGUUGUUGGAAUGGAUCAAAGUGAUUUUGAUUAAAUGUUUUUUGAUUAAAUGCUUUUGCCCGCCGGAAGCGUUUCUCACACAUGCUGAGUUUUAAGGACCAUCGUAAAGUUGAAAAUCUGCCAAUGUUUGUUUAAAAUUGCAGCUUCCGGCUGUUUAACUUUGACUAUUUAUAUUUUGAAGGGGAAAAAAGAACAUUAUUUUCAUUUUUUUUGGAGGAAGUAUUUAUAAUUAAUUCCCAUACAUGUUGCUCAGAGUAAUCGCAGUGAGCUAAACAACUAAUGUUAACGGACAAUGAUGCGUUCAGGCUCUAAAGUAUUGGGUGAAGAUGCAUUAUAACGUAAUCAUGCGUUUUAAAAAUUUUUUUUUACAAGAAACUUAAAUAAAUACAGUUGUUUGAGGGAGAUGUUUUCACACCGGUACAGAAUGAGUUGAACUGCUGUGUACUUGAGAGGUCUCUGUGAACGCGUCGAGGGCCGGCUGGUUUAAACGCAGCGUAGCAUUUACAUGCUUGGUUAGUGCCGUUGUACAUCUGUAUUCGGCAGAAACAGGCGUCCGUUUUGCCCGGAUGUCUUUCUGAGAAACGGCCCACUGAUGCAACCCGGUGAAACCGUUUGCUGUUCCACUUCUUUCUUCUGGCCGUCACGUGGCAACCAUGAGAAGCUUACUUUGAAACGAAAAUCCAGCCGUCGUCAAAGAACUAAGCGGAACAACUGACUUAUUAAAGCCUGCAGUGAUGUUACAGUGAAAGUGAUAUUGCUAUACAUCAGUCAAUCGGAUCGGUUGCAACUGUUUUAUUGGAACACCAUCUCCAGCGGGCUAUCUCGGCGCAGCAGGUGUACGGCGAGAAGCGGGACAACAUGGUCAUCCCGGUCCCCGAGGCAGAGAGCGACAUCACCUACUACGAAUCCCUCUACCCCGGGGAGUUCAAGAUGCCAAAGCAGCUAAUUCACAUACAGCCUUUCAGCUUGGACACCGAGCAGCCCGACUACGACCUGGACUCGGAAGACGACGCGUUUGUCAACAAGCUGAAAAAGAAGAUGGAGAUCAGCUUCCUGCAGUUUGAGGAGAUGAUCGACCGGCUGGAGAAAGGCAGUGGACAGCAGGCGGUGAGCCUUCCGGAGGCCAAACUGCUCCUGAAGGAGGACGACGAGCUCAUCAAGGAGGUCUUCGACUACUGGAGCCGCAAGAGGAAAAACAGCAGGGCCAACUGUCUCAUCCCCAACGUCAAGCAGGAGAGACGGGACGGCUCCAGCACCAGUGACCCCUACGUGGCCUUCCGACGGCGCACCGAGAAGAUGCAAACCAGGAAGAACCGCAAGAACGACGAGGCGUCCUACGAGAAGAUGCUGAAGCUGCGCAGGGAUCUCAGCCGAGCCGUCACCAUCCUGGAAAUGAUCAAAAGGAGGGAGAAGAGCAAGAGAGAGCUGCUGCACCUCACGCUGGAGAUCUUUGAGAAGAGAAACGUCAUGUCAGACUACAGCGGUGAGGUUAUGGCGGAGGUGUUGGCUGAACGGGCGCUGGUGAGGCCGCAGAUCAUUCCCCUGGUCCCAGUCACGAACCAGUACCGACACCAGGACCACAUGGACCUCAAGGACUACAAGUCUAAGCCCGAGAAGGCGGAAGUUCCCCGGCAGAAGAGGCCGUACCAGAAGAAGCAGAAGGUGUUGCCCCUCUCGUCGGGAGCCCCCCACCAUCCGGGUCCCGUUGUCUUUAAUGCCAAGGACCUCAACCAGUACGACUUCCCCAGCUCGGACGACGAGCCCUUCUCCCAGCUGCACUCGGGCUCAUCGGAAGCAGAGGAGGAGAACGACCCAGAUGGUGCCUACGCCUUUCGCAGGAAGGCAGGCUGCCAGUACAACGCUACUCGUCUGGACCGCGUAGGCAGCUGGCCGUGGUGCGGACCCUGGGACGGCGGUUUGGCCGAGGCCCGUUUUCGCUACAGUCUGACCACGCUCACUUUGCCGCGGCGCUGCCUCGGCAUGGCUCGGCGACGUGUGGGACGCGGCGGCAGGGUGUUGCUGGACAGGGCGUCCACGGACUACGACAACGUUUUCAACGGAUCGGCUCCAGAAAUGUCGGACCUGCCUCUUCCCUCCUCCUCUUCGCCGCCUCCUCCUCCUACAACUACUUCACGCUCGCCGGCCACCGACAAGUUUGCCAGUACCUCAGAAACGAAUACCUCGGACAGAAGUUCCUCCUCCUGCAACUCUGCUCUUUCCUCGCCCUCUUCCACGGACCUCAGUCAGAUACUGUUGAACAUAAGGUCGUGCCGAUGGAGGCACUUUAGACCACGGACACUACCACUACACGAGCUGGACAACGCCCACCCGCUAUUCAGGAAGUUGAGUCGAGGCCUGAAGCGACCGGCCUCUGCCUCCGCAGCCGGGGGACAGCCGUACGGCUCUCAGCGGCCGGUGAGGGUCGUCGCCGCUCCCGUUGCUGCUUUCACAGCCGAACAGUACCAGCAGCAUCAGGAGCAGCUGGCCCUGAUGCAGAAACAGCAGCUGGAGCAGAUCCAGCUGCAGCAGCAAGCCAACAGCACCACCACUACAAACAGCACAAAGGUCAGUGGCCCGGAGGGCCUGCCGAAUACAUUGGACCAAGCAGGCGCUCAGUUCGCCGCCUCGGCCAUCGUCAACGCCGACAAACUGCUGGCCCUAGGAGGCGGAGUCAAUGGCGUCCUCUCCCCCUCAGGUGUCUACAAGGGCUUGCACCUCUCAAGCACAGCGUCCCCUUCCCCCACUGCCCCGGCUCCACCCGCCUCUACCCUGACAUCCGCCUUGCUCCACCCCUGCACCACCACCAGCUCCACCAGUAACAACAACGGCACCGCCCACCCCGCCGCCACUAAUGCCGCCGCCACUCAGGUCCUGCUGGGAAACAACAACAACAACAGCAGCAGCAGCAGCAACAGCCUCCGUCUCGGAGUUCCCACCGGCAAGCGCGUCCACGCCCCGCGGACGCUGAGCGCCGCCAUGUCGACAUCCGCCUUAAAGCUCGCUCACGCCGCCGCCGCAACCGCCAACUGUCAGAAACCCAAGGUCACCGCGGCCUCGGCCUCGCCACUGGACAUAGUGCCCAGGGAGACUCACGAACAAGACAAGCCAGCACUGAACAGUCUGUCGGAGAACACAGUGGCCAUGGAGGUCACGUAGCCUCCCGUCGGCAGCGCGGAGGAGGCGUGACUCCAUCGUCGUCGUUUCGUUUUUUUUACGGCGCUAUGCAUCGUUCAUUAGUGGUGGAAGCAAACUGGUGGCGGAACGAGCACGGCAAAGGCUGGGUUUCCUUGGCAACCGUUUUGGGACUUAAUUGCAAUGCUCGUCUCGUACAAAUUAAUUUUCCUCUCCCAACCCCCAAAAAAAACAAUUUCCCUAUUUGUUACUGUUAAUAAGAGAUCGUCUGUAAAUUCUUAAUAUGGCAAUUAUAUGUACAGUACUGCAUAUUUGUAAUACCCCCCCCCCCCCACCCACUCCCGCCCCUUGUUCUUGUAUAUAACAUUACUUGAAUACAGAAUUGUUCAUUUGUGAUGUUUUGCACUCGAGAUAUUGAAAAAAAAAAAAUGGAAAAAAAAGUCCAAAUUAAAAAGAGAAGAUGCAACUGAUGCCAGUGUGAGGUGUGAAAGUUGUACCACAUGACAAUGUGUGUCACCACGUGCUGAUCUAUUUAUUGUGCCGUGUUUACAAAGGUUUUUUCUUUUUACGUACAUGUUGUCCUUUUUACUUUUUUGUUUUUACCCCCCCCCCUUUUUUUUUUACAUUUUAUUUUUAUACACUGUACCCCUCACCGGUUCCCCCGUGCUGUAGUCGGUGUUUAGUUGGAUUUAAAAGAGAAGAAGAAGCGGAAGAGAAAAAAAACUAUUUUUUGGGAUGUUAUUUUGGGGUUUGACGUUCUCCCACGACAUGCCGCGUUGGAGACGUGCACUCAAACUGAUUCCGGGCGCACGGCGGGUGUGAAUUUGUUUGUCUGUGGGCAUCAGUUUGUCUGUGGGCAUCAGUUUGUCUGUGGGCAUCAGUUUGUCUGUGGGCAUCAGUUUGUCUGUGGGCUUCAGUUUGUCUGUGGGCUUCAGUUUGUCUGUGGGCAUCAGUUUGUCUGUGGGCAUCAGUUUGUCUGUGGGCAUCAGUUUGUCUGUGGGCAUCAGUUUGUCUGUGGGCUUCAGUUUGUCGGGUUAAUCAGUUUCCACAAAGCUCUUCCAUACAUUUAAUAUUCCUGAGACAAGUAACAAAACAAUGGGGAUGAUGACUUUUUCCCAGAAGACUUUGCUGCUUCUGACUCAUCUAAGCACUAUGUGAUUUUCUUUCUUUAUUGAUUGAUGCUGCUUUUGAUUUUUAUUUAAUUUUUGGGCCAUUGGUUUGUACCUGAUGACCUCAUUUACUUUCUUCUCUCAGACAACCCCCUCCCCCUUAUCAUUUUGAAUUAUAUUUUUGUAUUUCCCACUUUUCUUAAUGAAAACUUCAUUCUUUUGUUACUUGUUGAUCUUUAAAAAAAAAAAA